UGGAGGGCGCGCCGCCUGGUGCUCCAGGUGCAGUUCCCAUGAGCCUGGGGGCCCGCGGUGGCCCAGGAGGAGUGGCCCGUCUCCAGUCCGCCCUUGCCGUGUCUCUGCGCCCUGUCCACUGGACGCCAGUGAGCCUCAGAACCCAGGGAAGCCACCCAGAUAUCCCUGGUAUGCCGCAAGUCUGAGUGGAACCUACUGGGAGGCUGGAGUGACCCCGACUGCCUCGUCCAGCCAGGUGUCAAGAUGCUGAGCCGGAAGCUCCCCAGGCUGCUCCGCAUAGACCAGGUGCCACAGGUGUUCCACGAGCAGGGCAUCCUCUUUGGCUACCGACACCCACAGAGUUCCGCCACUGCCUGUAUCCUCAGCCUUUUCCAAAUGACCAAUGAGACCCUCAACAUCUGGACGCACCUGCUACCCUUCUGGUUCUUUGUGUGGAGGUUCGUGACUGCACUGUAUAUGACAGACAUCCAGAAUGACAGCUACUCAUGGCCUAUGCUCGUGUACAUGUGCACCAGCUGUGUGUACCCCCUUGCCUCCAGCUGUGCGCACACUUUCAGCUCUAUGUCCAAGAACGCCCGGCAUAUCUGCUACUUUCUGGACUAUGGUGCUGUCAACCUCUUCAGCCUGGGCUCAGCCAUUGCCUACUCUGCAUACACGUUCCCUGACGCACUGGUCUGCAGUACCUUCCAUGAAUGCUAUGUAGCCCUGGCUGUGCUGAAUACCAUUCUCAGCACUGGCCUCUCCUGCUAUUCCAGGUUUCUCGAACUCCAGAAGCCCCGGCUCUGCAAGCUGCUCCGGGUCCUCGCCUUCGCCUACCCCUACACUUGGGACUCACUCCCCAUCUUCUACAGGCUCUUCCUGUUCCCAGGGGAGAGUUCAAGAAAUGAAGCCAUCUUGUACCACCAGAAACACAUGAUCAUGACCCUCCUGGCCUCUUUCUUGUACUCUGCUCACCUGCCAGAGCGACUGGCUCCUGGACGCUUUGACUACAUCGGUCACAGUCACCAGCUGUUUCACGUGUGUGUGAUCCUGGCCACACACUUGCAGAUGGAAGCCAUCCUUCUGGACAAGACGCUGAGGAAGGAGUGGCUCUUGGCAACCUCCAGACCCUUCUCUCUGCCUCAGAUAGCAGCAGCCUUGCUUCUUUGCAUCAUCUUCUGCCUCAGUAACAUUAUUUAUUUCUCAGUUGCUCUGUAUCGGACCCCUGAGCCUGAGUCACAUGAAAAGGAAACGUGAUUUCAGAACAUGCCAGGCUUCAGGGUUAAGUCAUUGGGGUGGUGUCGACUUAAAGUGGCCAAAAGGAUUUGUAGUGACUGAGGUCUUGACAUUUUUAAAUGGGUUUGUAUCAAAAAAACUAUUUAACCUGGGGAGAAUUCUCUACUCAUGCACUGAUUCUGUAAGUGUUCUGGAAAAGGGAGAACGUGGGUUUAAGUCCUGCAGAAGGCAAAUUAUUGAAAUAUUAAGUUUUAAAUUUAUUUGAAAUGGGGUGUUUAGGGAAUGGGGAUGUAGCACAGUUGGUAAAUACUUGCCUACAAUAUACAAAGCCCUGUGGUUUUUGUUUGUUUUUGGCUGUCUGUUUAUUUGUUUGUUUGUUUGAGACAGGGUCUCAUUAUGUGGCUCAGGCUCUCCUGGAAUUUACUAUGUAGACCAGGCUGGCUUCAGACUCAGAGAUAUGCCUGCCUGUGACUUCUCAGUGUUGAGAUUAAAGGCGUGUACCACUAUACAAAGUCCCUGGUUUUGGUCCUCAGCAAGGCAUGAACCUUGCCUGAUGGUGCAUGCCUAGAAUUCCAGCACCAAAGGAGUAGAAUCAGAUGAGCAAAAGUUCAAACCCAUCGUUGGAUACUUAGUGAGUUUGAGGCCAUCCUUGGACCCAUGAGAUUCUGUCUCUAAAAAAUAGAGUUCUCAAGUCUAUUUAAACAGUCGGAUUAAGCAUUUUGCCCUGCCCUUUUAAUUUUAUAUUAAUGUUUAAAAUGAAACUGCUGCAUUUGAUAAAGUUUGUAUAGCUAAGCUCCUUUCUCAGAUGAGAGAGGUGGUUCAAUGAGUUAAGAAGCUUGCUGCCAAGCCUGACAACAGGAGUUCGAUCCCCAGGACCUGCUGCAAAUUAUUCUCCAGUACAGAAAAAUUGUGUUGACCUCUGGAGCCAAGUGUGUCAUCCCAACAGGUAGGGCUCCCUGUCACCUUCCCAAGCAAUGAAGGAGCUGUCUUUGAAGAUGUCACAUGCCUGACAUUGUUUUAGUCUGCUCAGUAUGCUGCUGGACUUAGUAUUUGUGCAGAGUGUUGAAGACCUCACCAAUGAGAGUCAAAUGUUCUGUCUUCAAGCUUUCCUGUUAAACAGAAACACCAGGUAAGCUCGUGACAUGUACUUCCCAGGGUAAACCUAGGGGUUCUGCUUUCUGAGGUUAAAUGCAGGUUUUUGUAGAGGAAAUGUGGAUAGAAACACAUCUACAGAAGGACUCUAACACAGGAGGGCUGGGAGCAAAAGCUAAAGACAUUUGUGGUCCUUCCUUUGCAGUUUGAUCAAAGUUCCAGCAACCUGGGGAGAUACCAUGAUCAUGAAGGUGGUUUUCCCAGGGCGAGGCUUAUCCAUUUCUCUCCGGAUGUGCUGACCCCUGUGAUUUCCCCAAAUGUGGGAAACUUCACUGCAUAAUUUGUGGUAGUGGGGGACUGCGUUUGUGCUCUCCUAUAAGGGAAAAAAAAGUUCCAGCAACCUGCCAUCUAUGCGUAAAUCCCUGUUUUCUUUCCAGAGUUUUCUACUAUCAAUAAUAUUUUUUAAAGUAAUUAAAAUAAAAAUGAAGUCUUGUGGGUCAAACCCUAGACUAAAAAGUAAGUAAAGCCAGGAGCCUUGAAGGAUAGGCUCUCAGGAAUGCAUACUGAUUUAAAGCUGCCUGUUUCCUGUGUGUGGAUAAAAUGAGGUCAGCCAUCUUCCUGACUGCUGGGUCAGCCUCAUGCUCAGGAUCCAUGCCUUCCCUACCGUGGAGGAUGACAGUAACCCUUCUGGAACAAUAAGCUGAAAGAAAUCCCUUCAUAAAAAAUAAACAGUAACAAGAAAUCUCUCUCUCAUACACACGCACGCACGCACGCACGCAUGCAUGCACGUGCACACACAGACACAUACCCAACAAAACUCUGCUAAGAGCCAUGACCUUGUGCAACGAUCUUUGCUGCCUCAAACAGAAAAUACUUGUGCAGAGACAUCUAACCAAGUGCCUGUCUGCCUUGGACCAAUGCUACCCUUGUUAUUGAUGCUUAGAACCAAAUAUUACUGUAUUCAUAAGCAAUAUAGCAUCCUCUUCAUUUUGCCUUAAAAAUACUCUCUUAUAGGGCUGGAGAUGGCUCCGUGGGUAAAGUGCUUGCUAUGCAAGCAUCAAGGCGAAUUCAGAUCCCCCAACAUACACCAUGGAAACCUAGGUGUGGUUGCCUGUACCUCUAACUCCAGCACGGGGGCAGAGACAGGCAGGUCCUGGGAACUCACUGGCCAGGUAGUCUAUCUAAACAUAGAGGUUUAGUAGGAGGUCCUAUCUCAGCAAGGUGGAAGCAGUGGAGGUAGACACUCUGACGUCAGCCUCUGGUCCCACAUGCAUCAGCAUGGAUGAGAGUGUCUAGGCACACUCGCUCUUGCCUAGACUCCUAAUGUGCAUGUAGCUUACCACAGCAUGGGUGCAGCCAUUGCAGCGCUGUUCUGGAUUAAUUUGUUGUCUUUGGAGAAGCUCUGUCAUUGAGGCUCAUGAUACCAAACAUGGCCAUUCCUUGUUUGUUGCACCAGUCAUUAAAGUUCGGCCUUUUAUAGUGUUUUCAGGGAGUCCAGAAAUGCUGAUACAAACCAGAUUUUAACAAUCAGAGGCCCAUCAGCCCCUGAUUGGCACUUGGUAAUGACUUUGCGGGGGCCAUCCAUCACAGUGCUCGGUCCUCUUUGCUGACUCUGGAAUACCCUCUGUCCUGUAACACUCCCUCCAGGAUUUAAACAGCUCAACCAUGUCAAUGGCUUUGCCAGCAGCUCAUAGUGUCACCCUUUAACGACAAGGGUCAACAUAUUGGAUGUGAGUGGUCAAGAAAUAUAGUGUCAUCAUUUUAUUAUCUGUUUACUUCUCCUCGGGAAGGGAGACUGAUACAGUUAUAUAGGCUGGUAAAUUUUGUUACAUUAGUUGCAAACUGCACAAUAAAUUUCAUUCUUUAACAGCAAUCUGACAUUGUUAGUGGCAUUCCCCAACUAUUUCACAUUCUCACAGCCCCAGUUUUAUAGUGGAAAGAAGAGGUGUAAAAUUGGGCUGGGCAUGUGGCUCAGCUGGUUGUUGUUGCCUGGCAUGCAUUAGGCUCUGGCUUUGAUACCCAGCACUGCAUAUACUGGGCAUGCUGUUACAUGCCUGUGAUCCCAGCAUUUGGGGUAUGGGGACAGGAGGAUCAGGUCAUACUCAGCUACAUAGUCUGAGGCCAGUCUGAGAUUCAUUAGGCAACUGACAAGAAUAACACUGAUUCAGUGUUUCUCAACCUUUGAGGCCGCUGUUGUGAACCUAGCACAGGAUGGACAGAUAAAUCCAGACAAAGGUAAGUCCUGUGAAGGACACAGACCUAGGGAGCUGAGGAGAAAGGUAGCCCAGUGAAUUGCACAGCCACUCAGAAAAGCGACAACUCAGGAGAGGCUUCAGGGGCCAAAGGAGCCAGGCUGGCUGGCGAGUGGUGGACAGACAUUUCAGGCCUUGGGGCCAGCGAGGGCUAUCGUACUGGAAGGAGAGGAGUUGGGCCAUUCCUUCCAGAAACGUUGAACUGCACUCCAGAAGACAAUGAUGAAUUCUGAAAAUGUUCUGAAUUUUCUCCCGAGAGAUUGCCCAAGGGCUUCCUGUGCGCCUUUCUAAGUGUGUGGAAUGCUUGGGGCUCUGUACUAAAGCACCUCUGGUAAGACAGCUAUCAGCUGCCAUCAUAUAUACGCACAGCUUUCUAGAACUGGCUUUACUUUGGCCUCCCCGGAAGAGUGAACUAAAAGGAGCUCAGAGAUACCAUAGCUCACCCUGGCUAAGGGUUGCCCAACUGUGAGAAACAAACACAUUCAGGCCUAAGCGUGCAGACAUCUGAGAUGCAAGGAGGGAGCGGGGCUGGAUACUGGAUUAUUCAGAAAAAUCCUCAGGCGAUUCUCCCCCUUAUGUUGCUGGGAACGGAACCCAAGACCCAGAACAAAAGUUAACCUCCCCAUAAGACCUAUUGAGAGAAAGAAAAACAUGUAUAUCCAAAGUCCUUUAUGCAGGCUUGCGAGAUGGCUCACCUAUUAAGAGCACUUGCUGCUCUUGGAGAGGACCCAGGUUUGGGUCCCAGCACCUACAGACAAGCUCACAUUCACCUGUAACUCCAGUUCCAGGGGACACAGUGUCCUCUUCUGGAAUCUACAGGCAUGGCAUGUACAUGGUGCACAUACACACACACACACACACACACACACACACACACACACACACACACACACACAAAUAUUUAAGGGCAUACUGUCUUUGCAAAGGCCCUGAGUUUGGUUCUCAGCACCCACAUUAGGUAGCUCACCACCACCUGGAACUCUAGCUCCAGGGGACCUGAUGUCCUUUUAUGGCCUUUUUAGAUCCUUUUAUGGCCUUUUUAGGUAGACACCUUUACAGACGAACACACACACACACACACACACAC